UAAGUAAUUGUGCAUUCAAGAGGAAGCACCCAAAACCAAAACCAAGCAUCAUUUUACAGCAACAAAACCAAACCAAACCAAACCAUACCCAACGUCAUAAUUGUAUUGUUCCUUCUUGAAAGAAGAAUGCUCCCAAUCACCUGCAUUCUUUUAAUGUGCCUUCUAAGUUCUUUCUCACCCCCAAUCGAAGCUCUCUUCAACCUCACCGUGCUACCCCACCAACACCCUCACCCCGAAGCCAUAGUCCACGAACUUCAACGGAAGGUCAAUGUCUCCUUUUCGAGAAGGCAAACACUGUCCAAGGACCAACAACCCGCCUGUCUCACCGGAAACCCAAUCGACGACUGCUGGCGCUGCGACCCCAACUGGGCGGCCAACCGCCAGAAGCUGGCGGAGUGCGGCGUCGGGUUCGGCAAAGACGCCAUGGGUGGAAAGGGCGGACAGAUCUACGUGGUGACGGACUCGUCGGACCGCGACCCAGCCAACCCCGUCCCCGGCACGCUCCGGCACGCCGUCAUCCAAGACGAACCUCUCUGGAUCGUGUUCGCCGCGGACAUGACCAUUAACCUGAAGCACGAGCUCAUCUUCAACAGCUUCAAAACCGUCGACGGCCGCGGCGCUAACGUCCACGUCACGGGCCACGGCUGCAUCACUCUCCAGUACGUCUCCAACGUCAUCAUCCACAACAUCCACGUCCACCACUGCACGCCCUCGGGGAACACGAACAUACGCGCCAGUCCAACGCACGUGGGUUGGAGGGGGAGAUCGGACGGCGACGGCAUCUCCAUCUUCGGCUCCCGGAAGAUCUGGAUCGACCACUGCUCCCUCUCUUACUGCACGGACGGCUUGAUCGACGCCAUAAUGGGUUCCACCGCGAUUACUAUUUCCAACAACCACUUCGCCCACCACGACGAGGUGAUGCUCUUGGGACACAACGAUAAGUACUCCCCCGACCGUGGCAUGCAGGUCACCAUCGCGUUCAAUCACUUCGGCGAGGGUUUGGUGCAGCGCAUGCCACGUUGCAGGCUCGGCUACAUCCACGUCGUCAACAACGAUUUCACCCAGUGGCAGAUGUAUGCCAUCGGCGGUAGCGCUAACCCCACCAUCAACAGCCAGGGUAACCGUUACACCGCCCCCUCCGACCCCGAUGCCAAAGAGGUGACGAAGCGCGUGGACACAGACGACAGAGAGUGGAGUGGGUGGAAUUGGAGAACGGAAGGGGACAUAAUGGUAAAUGGAGCAUUUUUUGUACCAUCGGGUGCAGGGCUGAGUGCACAGUAUGCAGAGGCCACCAGUGUGCAACCGAAAUCCGCCGUGCAAAUUGACCAGCUAACCAUGUAUUCCGGUGUAUUCGGUGAUCCCAGGGAUAAUGGGGAUCUGUAUCCCGGUUUCAACGGUGGUGGGUCCGUGACCGGAGCGACCAGCAAGGGCAACAGUGCGGCGGGGUCCAGCAGUGACGAUGGAGACUUUUUCGGAAUGAUAUUCAGAGGAAGCAGCAGCCGUGCAGCGCCACCCUCAUCACCGUCUUCUUUGUCCAUUGCAUUUGUUUCAACCUUUUUGUCUCUUGUAAUUAUUCUGAUUUUGGACACUUCGACCAACCAUCCCAUCCUAUGAUCAGAAAAAGAAUGAUCAAAGUUUCUACAAUUUGUUUUUAAAUUUAGAAACUAGGAAUCAUAUACACAGACAGCUCUUCAAAGUUAUUAUGAUAUUCAAAUCUAUAUAGAGCUACUUCCACUAAGUACCAUUCCUCAUUGCUUCAAAUGUAUAGUUUAAUGUAUUCGAAUUUCAAUUCACUUUACUUU